CACUUGUCUAUGACUCCGUGGCCCUCAGCAUCCGGAACCGAUCAUUCAGCCAGCCAGAGUUGCAUUACUUUGGUAUUUUGAAAGAACCGUGAAAUCUCUACUUGGAAAUCAUGCCGAUGUUUGUAGUUAACACCAACGUGGCCAAAGGCAGCGUGCCCCCGGCUCUGCUCACAGAAGCUACCAAGGAGCUGGCUAAAGCUAUGGGCAAACCUGCACAGUACAUUGCUGUGCUAAUCAACGCAGAACAAAUGAUGAUGUUUGGAGGGAAGGGAGACGCGUGUGCACUCUGCUCCCUUCACAGCAUUGGAAAGAUCAGCCCUUCUCAAAACAAAGAGUACUCUACACUACUGUGUGGACUGCUCAACAAACACUUGGGUGUUUCUCCUGACAGGAUUUAUAUCAAUUUUGUGGACAUGGAUGCUUCCAAUGUGGCCUGGAACAACUCUACUUUUGGCUAAGAUGGAGGUUGAGGUCCUCAAAGAAAACAUCGUUCCAGCUGUAAUGAAGAGUUGUAGUUAAAUAUAACCCAGAAGACAAAAAUACCCGAUAAUAGCUUAUUAUUUGACCACAUGGCACUUGUUUAGUCAGUAAAGUUUUGCAUACAUCUUUCCCACCUGCAUUAAAGUACAUCUAGUAGUACAGAAAA